AAUCUCUACUAUGAAGACAUUAACAAUGUGGGUGUGAUGUUUGCAUCUAUAGUUAACUUCUCAGAGUUUUACAUUGAACUUGAGGCCAACAACGAAGGGGUAGAGUGCCUGAGACUGCUGAAUGAGAUCAUUGCUGAUUUCGAUACAUUGCUGACCCACAGACGGUUCUUCAGUGUGGAGAAAAUUAAAACAGUGGGACAGACCUAUAUGUGUGCUUCAGGCUUGACCAGUCAGACAAACUUUGCAGACAUGACCCAUAUCCUUGCCCUGGCAGACUACACUUUUGCCCUCCAGAGACAGAUGCAGUACAUCAAUGAAAAUUCCUUUAAUAAUUUUCUUAUGAGGAUAGGUUUAAAUGUAGGACCUGUUGUUGCCGGGGUGAUUGGUGUGAAGAAGCCUCACUACGAUAUCUGGGGCAACACAGUGAACGUGGCCAGCAGAAUGGACUCCACCGGGGUGCCCAACAAAAUUCAAGUGACUCAGGAGAUUUACAAGAUCUUGUCUUCCAGUGGCUACACCUUGAGCAUCAGAGGACUGGUCAGGGUCAAAGGCAAAGGGGAAAUGCAGACAUACUUUCUCGAUGCUAUGCCGCUUGGUGCGUCUUUAGAAGACAUGCAGACUUUUGAUUGA